CUAGGAGAUAUUCCUUAUAUUUUAAUAUAAUUUGAUUUAUUUUUCGAGUGGGUCUUUUAUAAAGUAUUUAAGUGAGAAAAAUAUUUCAAAUCAACAGUUCAUUUUGUUGUUCUACUAAGAAAAACCAAAAAAUGAAAAUUUUCUUUGUUUUCGCAACAGUCCUUUUGGCAGUCAGUGCCUUGCCAGCUCAAGAACAGUGGACCUCGUUUAAGGCCAAACAUGGAAAAUCGUAUGAAAAUCUCUAUGAAGAAAAAGUCCGUUUCCAAAUUUUCCAGAACAACGUGCAAGUAAUCAACGCACACAACGCCCGCUAUGAAGCCGGACUUGAAACUUACACCAUGGGAGUCAACAAGUUCACCGAUUUGACCCCCAAAGAAUUCCGAGCCAUGCUGAGACUCCAAAACGGCCCACUUACUUGGCAAAACUUGACACGUCAUGUCCAAAAUGGGACAGCUCCAGACUCUAUCGACUGGAGAGAGAAGAACGCUGUAUUGGAAGUCCAGGACCAAAACGGAUGUGGAUCGUGCUGGGCUUUCAGUGCAGUUGGAGCCUUAGAAGGACAAAACGCUAUUAAAAACAACAAAAGAGUGCUUCUCAGUAAACAGCAAUUGAUUGACUGUGAUAAAAGUGAGAAUGGUUGCAAUGGUGGUUUGAUGUUAAACGCUUUUGAAUACGUUAAGCAGCAUGGUCUUAACAGCGAAGCUGAUUAUCCAUACGAUGGUUUCGACCUCAAAUGCAGAGCCAAGAGCGAUUCUGCCGUUACAGUUAAGGAAGUCGUAGCUCUUGAUGCUACCGAAUCUGCCCUUGAAGAGGCUGUUGGUAAGUACGAACGCAGCUAG